AUGCCAUCUCACACUUCAGCAUCUCUCGCUUCCUCGGGAAAUAACCGCACUGAUUCCAGCCACGACCUUGAUUCUACCGCAGCCAAUGCCGGUGGUCCCAGUACCAUAGCCAGUAUCGUGGGAACUUCUGUUGUAGGUGGCGGUGGUGGUGAAAGUGCUACUACCAUUGCAGGUGCCAGUGCGGGCACUUCUUCUACCGUUAUCCCUGCUGUUUCUACCGCGAGGAGACCGUCGAUUUCCUCUUUGUCCAGUGCCUCGGGUUAUGCUUCCUCUGUUACUGGCGACCAACCUCGCGUUGGUGUCGCUGCAACAAUAGGUACCCCCAGUACCACUGGUGCAACUACCGGGGGGUCCAUUUUGGGCUCUCGCGUUCCUUCGUCGCGUCACCCAGGUUCUAUGACUCCACUUUCGCAGGUCACUCAACUUCAUGCGUCUGUGACGAGCCACACCAGUCAUGGUCAACAGCAAUCGCAACAACAACAACAACAACCACCGUUAUCUUCGUCCUGGUUACCACAGCAGCAAACCAACCCUUUACUCAAUGUGACUCCUUGGAUUGAGCAACAGGCUCAGGUGUCUCCUAUGCAAAAUCUUUCCACGUAUAGUGAUUCACAACAGGCACAGCUGAUUCAGCAGGCUCAGUUGGCGAGAGCUCAGCAGCAGCUGCAACAGCAACAACAACAAAUGCAACAACAGGUAACAAAUUUAAGCUUGCUUACUCAGACUAGGGCAGUUCCGAUGAAUCCUUCGUCAACAGCUGGCUCUAUUAGUGGUAGUAUUGCAACAGCCGGUGAACGGCAAGCUCCUCAGCCAACCGGCUAUGCUCAAUAUGGGAACUUCCCACGGUCACCAGCCACCAAUAACGAUACUGCCACAGCCAGAAGAGAGAAUGGAAAUAACAAUAACAACAGCAAUCACAUCUCCACUUCCAAUCAUCAUGGAUCCCAUGAUGAGGAAAUAAUUCCUACUGCUGUAGUCAUCAAGAAUAUUCCGUUUGCAAUUAAGAAAGAGCAGCUUUUGGAUUUCAUGGCUAAGAUCAACUUGCCUCUCCCAUAUGCCUUCAAUUAUCACUUCGACAACGGUGUUUUCCGUGGCUUGGCGUUUGCAAACUUCAACACGACAGAGGAAACUUCCCUCGUUGUGAACCUGCUUAAUGGCCGGGAAAUCGGAGGUAGAAAAUUACGUGUCGAAUACAAGAAGAUGCUCCCACCCGCUGAGCGUGAACGUAUCGAACGUGAAAAGCGUGAGAGGAGAGGUCAACUUGAAGAGCAGCAUCGUUCUGCUUCGGCUACUUCGCUUGUUUCUAUGUAUUCCAUAGCCUCGGCCCCCCCGUCCACGAAUAACUUGCAAUACGGUGGGACUCCAAUUACAGCCGGUGUCACGAAUCCCGGACCCAGAGUGGCUCCUGAGAGGUUAUAUGUUAAUAUGUCUCUUUCCAGCCAGCUGCAACCUCCUUCUGGCGUAGACAUGAACAAUCCUGAUGCUCUUGAGAUUUUCACCAAACUUGUUCUGUUCCGCGAUGAGUCCCGCACAGGUGUUCCAACUGCCGCUGCAGAACUGGUGUUUCAGGCUGUUUCUCUUUCUGGUAAUCAGCGCCGGAUGCUCUCUCUGCUUUCACAGUUUUUAGGACUCGUUGAAAGCCAAGAAAAUGGUUUCAUUGUGAUCCGAAUAUCUCCAGAGAAUAUGUACCAAGUUGCCCAGAACACUGGAGGUACCGGUGCAGCUGGUAAUGUGUCUUCACAGAUACCACCCGCUUUGAUGCGUUCUCAUUCUCAUAGCAUCCUUAAUUCUGCCUCGGCAUUAUCCAUGAACACAGGUAGAUACAGGCAGCAGUCUCCAAGAUCUGUGUCUCAGCAGGCAUCCAUGCUGCAGCAAAAUUCAUUGGCUUCCUCUCAAUUUGGUAUGAAUUCUUUUGCUGCUGCAACCCAGGGAACUCUGGGAACGCUACAUCAUUCAGCAUCCGCUGCUUCUCUCAACUUCCCAAGGCAAGGCGGUGGUUUCACUGCUCCUCCUACUCCUAAUCCCCAGAGGAUGGCGUUUGGUAAUAAUGCGCUAACUGGAGGAUUGAAUACUGGAUUUACCAACUUUGGUAACAACUUCGGAACUCUCUUCGGUUCGGGCUCGGGCUCAGGCUCAGGUGCGGGUACUAGUUCUGGUCUUCCAGCUGUGAAUACCGCCGCUAGCUUUCAACCACAGGGUUUCAACAACCCUCAGUUGACUGGAGGAUCUACAAUGAGUACUCAUACCAAGGGAUUGGAUGAUCUCUUCGUAGGAAUGGAGAACUUGAGCUUUGAAAGAUGA